GGCAAAGAAGUGGAAUAGGAAUCUCACACAAAUAAAGAAACUACGUCUUCAACAGACGAAGUACGGAAAGAUGAAACUAAAGUCGACGUAGAAAACCAAUUCCAAGGACAUCAAGAUAUCCAAGACAUCAUGUCCACGUCCACUGUGGGCUCGUUUCCGGGCCAUACGGGCGCUCGGGACCACCUACAAAGUCGUGGCCGUCUCGAGUCUCGUGGAGGGUUGGCAUCACGUGGCGGCUUGCAGUCACGGGGAAACCUUCGCGCUCUGGCAUCCGACAACCUCCUCUUUGAAGGUGGAGUUUCGAUCGACCAUUUUGGUGCUCCUCUGGGGCUUGGUGGUACUAGCCUAGGCGCAAGUCCCAGAGGUACAACUAGUGCUUUCAAUGCAGGAGGAAUAGGUCUAGGAGGCUCCUUGUCGCUGACCACGAGUAGAGACCAUUUCGGGAGUGCGAGUCAAAAUGCCAGUAUGGAAUUUGCCUUUCCAGGACAGGGUCUCCUUGGCGCUUCAGGUUCGGGAGGAGGUGCACUAGGUAAAACCAGCAAAGGGAAUAGUACAGGCUACGACUCUCCCCUACGAUCAUUGCAGAAGAAGAAACCAAGUUUGUUCUAUGGAAACAAAGGUGCUUCUAAAGGAGUGACGACGUCUGGCGGCCCACCACAUUUGAACAACUAUUUGACUGGUGGUAACAUGGAGGGCGGAGUAGCAGGGGGUGCAAGAAAACAUGACACUUCUACUAGUUCGACGUCACAGAUGAUCAACAACGCUGGUGGAGCCAAGAACACGACGCGUAGCAAGAGCACGACUACAUUCGAAAGAGCUGCUACAGGAGAUCUUGGUCGAUCGCAGACUCGUGUCAUCUCCUCGAAAGCAGACCUGACAAAGAGUCCUACAUCCUCUGUUGGUCCAGGUUCUCCCAAAGCUGAUCAAAGCAUGCUAUCUACUUUGAAUCGCAGUGACUCCUUUUCCCCACGUGCCUUGAGGAAAGAGCACUCUUUCAUGUCCACUAGUCUCGGCUUGUCGACUUCACUGCAGCAAGCGGGAGGACACAGUAUGGGCGGCAGUCCAGGACCAGUGCGGAGCACUAGACGCAGUUCGCCGAGAUCAGGCAAUCUGUCGCCCAGAAACUUUGGUGGGGGUCUACGAGAUGGCUUCUCACAGGAGAUGAUGGGAAUGGAUGCAGGAUGUCAAUACUUGCUAGAUCACGUGCCGAUCGACGGGCAAGGCUCAUCCCAACGCGGCAGCGAUGUUGCUGCUCAAGCGUCGCUCUCGUUACAGACCAACCUGUCCCCCGAAGACAUUUUCAAAUAUGCAGGCGAACUGGCACAGAGGCUAACCGAGCUUGAGUCCGCAGCAACCGAACUACGAAACAAUCUGGCAAGUUUCAAUCCUGGUAGAGGUGCUGCCGCUGCUGCAGCGAAAGCAGGUGGAAAGAAGGGAAAGCAACAGGGAUCUGCAGCUGGCUCUGCGGCCGAAGGUGGCGGGGGAGAAGGUGGAGAAGAAGGCGAGAACAAGAAACGAGCCUUGAGGGGUAGUCAACUCCGCGACACUCUUCUACCACCUCUACGCCUGAAUACGAUUUGUCCUCCGGAAUUUGUGCGUCUCCUGAAUGAGAAACGACGGGGCGCGAAUCUGAUUCAACGAAAUAUCGAAUUUGCGUCGUCCAAUGCUAGACCGCAAAGUCGACAAAUGCACAUGAGGACACGAGCACAAGAAAAACGAGCACGCAUGUUAUGACGGGAGAUGUAGUCUGAAUGCAUAAAAAUAAAACUUCUUGGUAAUAUUUUUGGUUCUAUGAUAAUGAGAAGAUGUAGUCUCCUGAAUGCAUAAUCUUGGUUGUAUUGGUUCUAUGAUAAUGAUAGUCUGUAGUAGAAACUAGAAAAGCAAAAGUACGAGCCUCUUUGAUUUUCUCAUGCGUAUCUUCUAACCCGCAUGGAAACCCGUGCCCGUAAACUGAAGAAGCUGUCCGAUGAGUAUGCUCGUACCCUACGCCUGUAUGAGGAGACUAUGCGUCGAGCGAUGUGGGCAGAGGAACAGAAACAAUUGCUGCUGGGUGGCCGUGCUGUAGUUGGGUCGACACGUGGAUCUCCGAGACCGGGAACGGGUGGAAGCCUGAUGUCAACAAGGUACCAAGCCCCGCAAAGCCAUCGGUCCAGUUGCACUUUCUCGCCUUCUCGCAGUGUAGAUGCAGUGAGUGUGACAGGUGAUGGUGGAACUACAGGAGCUAAUACCUCUACUACUGUUGUUCUCUUGGGGCGAGAAGGAGAAGAAGCUGCUGGAGGAGGAAAGGAAGGUGGAGAGGCAGGUGCUGAGGACUCUAAAACUGCAGCUGAAGCAACCAGUGCCUCCGCAGGAGCUGAGCAACAUCAAGCCAGUGUAAUAUCUUCCACUUCUACAACCGUUCGUCAGCACAAAGGAAGUUCUGGUAGUCGGGUGUCCACCUCAAACUCACGGGAAGUAGAGCAAGGUGGAAAUCGGUUUCACUUAGUGCGUCUCGGUGAAGAUAACACGAUGCUUUGUGGGUGGAUUCGCCUCAUCGUUAUUGCGCGUGGCCUCCACGAAAUGAGGAACGUCAAGCAAUGGCGAAUCAAACAAGAAAGACUGAGGAUUCUAUGGACGGGAGUAUGUGUGAGUGAACUAGUUUUAUUUUCCUCCUUGUCAAGCUCAAGCUGGAUCUGGAUGGGGAUGAUCUUCAAUAUCAUUGUUUUCGUUCUUAACUUUUUCAAGAGCAACCAACUUCGAACUUACUUCAUCUAGACUUCCUUGUUAGCUAGGAGUAAACUAAAGCUUCUAAAGCUUGUUUAUGUUUUCGCACACGACGCUGAACCUCUUCCUCUAACUUCCGACGACGCCGCCAAAAGUGUCGACGUCCGACUAUGGAUCUACAUCCAGGGAAAAGCCAGAGUUCGUAUGCGCAAACGGGCUGCUACGGCUAUUGCCCAAGCUUUAGUGGCUUGGAGGAGAUGGCGGAUUAUCUGGUUUUGCUGCCAUUUUGACCGGAUGGUUGUCAAGAUACAAAAAUGGUGGAGAGCAGUAUCGGCUUGGCAUGAAGGGAAGGUACUAGUGUUUUUUCGUGCCGCAGCCACGUUUGUUCGUGACCACCAGCUAAAAACUUCAACUUUUGUAGAUGCUAAAUGUAGUUGUAGGAAUGAACAAGGGGGGGGCUCUGUCCAGCCACCUUCAGAAAGUAAUCGAACGACGCUUCCUAUUCAACUCCUCGUACCAAAACUACCUCUCCCAGGCUCGCCAUGUAACCAAGCAGUUCUUGCAUUUUGAGAAGAAAGCAGUACAUUCCAAGAUCCGACAACAAGAAUACCGUCAACGUGCCGCAGAAGGGAAAAAGGGAAAGUCUGUUAAGGAAGUUGUUGUAGACUAACAAAACCCAUGAUCAUUUUUCAUCUUUACAUUCGCUUUACCUUUAUUUUUCAGCUAUUAUCUUCUGUACUUCAGACAUAUGUCGUGAUAUAGUUCCACUAAGAUGAUGAACAAGACAUUUUCAUAGGCUUGAACAACCACGACCUCUAAGAACCGUGCAGCGGUGACAAAAGCGGAUAAGAUUGCGGAGGCUAUGGCCAAGGAAGAAGCAAAGCAGAGAGCCAAGAUGUCCAUGGAUGAUAAAGUUGCAGCCCUUUUGAUGAGUGCCCAGGAUUAUGGUCAACAUUUAGUGUCCAUCAUUCUCGGCAUCUUGGUCCCCUUUUCCCUUGUAUUCUCGUGAAAUACAAGGUAAAAGGGACCCCAAGAUGAGGGCGCCGAGAUGCAAUCUAGCAGACUCUAACAGGAAAGAAGAGAGUUCGUAAGGCAAGAUUUGUACACACGUCGAUUUCUGUGUGUCCAAGGUGAAGGGCGCGUCAAACUGAAGGAGUACCAGAAAAAACGACUUGAUUACUACGCGAAUAAGAGAGCAUUGGUACUACUUAUAGUUUCUUUUGCAGCUCCUGGUUGGUGCAGGACCAUCAAAUUUAAUUGACCAGAAUGGAAAAUAAUGGUUUCGAGUAUACCAAAUUCUUCUUCUCUUUUCAGACUUUCCUGGGUCAGAAACCUGAUGGGGUGGUGAUGCCGCCUUUCAGACCGCUGCUUCCCAGCUACCUGCCGGAGGACUCUGCCAUCGUUGACUUGGUAGCUAGAAGUAUGAAGACGUUGGCCGAUAUGCGCAAGGUGAGAAAAACAGACAUGACAGAUACUACUGCGCAAGAGGAAGAGCAAGCAGGAUCAAGUUCCGGUACUUCUCUCGAGGCUGAAUGUAGUUCGGUCAACAGUUCGAUUCGAUUUCGACGGCUUGGGAGAAUCCCUCUUAAUAUCAUGAAACUCAAUGCGCUGAAUCAUCCUGAUUACAGCAACAUCAAAGCUGCAUAGUACUCAAAAAUACUCCUGCCCACCAACAGGUGUCGAAGCCCAAGCCGGUGGCUACGCUAGUUCCGGCGAAGCCUCCACAUUGGGUCAGAGCGAUGGCUCUGAGAUGAUCGGUCAGCAGGUGGUACAACGCGAAAUGCCGCUGAAACUGAAAAGAGUCACCUCCAAAGACAUCAUUGGAGGAUCUGAUAGUAGGUCAAUAAACUCAAAGGGAGCUGGAGCAACACCCGGUGCACGUCCAAAGAAACCAAAGAGGCCUCCAAAUCCUAGUGAUUUGAAGAAGCCACUUGCGAUUCCUGGUAUGCCCCGCUCGCAUAGGCAUCAAUUGAUGCCUGACGAGUUGGGUAGUGUCAUCUCCAUCCUGGACGGCACCACGAGGGCUUUUUCGGAGUUUAAUUUACGAGCUGUGGUCCACAAUGGAUUUCUGUAUUUGUUCCCCCUGAUAAGUAGAAGAAUCUCCUACCGCAAAACUAGCUGGAUAGAUACGGCUUCCUGGGUCCAACUCCAAGGAGGCGGAUACCCAUUCUAAUCAUCACCGCAAUGACACGAGCCAAAACGCCAGAAGCCGUACUAAGGGAGACGAAUGCUACAAUGAACCUAGUGUUCCUGGCAAAUCCAGCAGGUUUGGUGGAUGGCGAAGUACAUCGAUUGGGACCUCAAGUUAAGUGUGAUGAUGUUGUUGUGUGUAGGAGAUAUGGAAUCAUAACAGCACACAUCGAUCACGGUCACCUCAUCCUUGUUGAGCAAGAUUGUUCGUUGUCUUCGAAUAUGACGUUGCAGCUAUAAUCACCUCUGUCUACUUGAAUAGUACCAAUACUCGUCAAGAGAGGUUGUGUCCGCGUUGAUACUCUAACCCAGUCCGUGAAUCAUUGCGCGCGGCACCCCCUGGGUUGGCGCCGCUGCCACCAGCAGGAGCACAUGGACGUAGCCGUCUGCGAGCAACGGUGACGCAUGUGGAAAGAUGAGAACCGUUGUUGCUACCGCAAGAUUUGCUGACUAGUCUUCUCGUAAACUUGUCAUAGCACCAAUAUUCAACAAGCAGCUUAUUCUUGAGAUAGAUUUCGCACAUUAGUGCAUUCCUAGAAUUAUUCAUUGCCGAAAAAUUCCUACGCAGAGAAAAAGCACAUGAUUAGUGCCAUGGUUCGUAAUUUACGUCCGAUCAUCAAGCAAGCAUGUUAUUUCAUCAUCACUACAAUCUAUCUAAACAUCAGUCUUCACAACUACCCUUAGUACCUCUUAUGCUACCACUAUCUCUAUCAGUUCUUGUCCACCUGGGUAUCCUCAGGAAAAGAUGUAACUAACAUUGUUGUCACGAUAUGCAAGAAAGCAGUUCAGCACCCACAUAUACUCAUUGAUAGAUUAGAAGCUGCUACGCAAGACAUCGGGCGGUGGAGUCUAACCGUAAAUAUCAUGAAUGCACUCGUCGUGUUUCGGAGUACUGGGCAGAAGCCGGGCUAAUGGGAGAUGUGGUAGCACCGGAUCUGCGAGAUAUCAACUUUGUUUUGAAUCUCAUUUUGAGGCCAUUCGAUGAGGCUUUCCUUACACGCGAUCAGCGGAUCUUUUCCGCCUCCGGAGUCGGAAAAAGCACACCAAGAUGAAGGAUACGAUGGUGAUGCAUCUUCAUCAGUUUCUUCCUCUUCUUCUUCUUCUAGUGCACGGCUUCGUAUGGUGCGAGUCAACUUUGCUAGCCUCGAUGCAUUUCAAUGCAUGUGUUUAUUUGCAUCAGAAUGGUCCCUGCGAUCCAUGAAGAACAUCAACAUGCUGUCUUUAGAAUACCACGACUCCAAACAAUGAAAUGCGUAUUCCCAAAUGUUGAAAUUAGGAUCUCCAGCAGACUCUAUGUAUACUUCUCAUGGUGGUGCAACACAUUACAUCCGUAGUUAUACAUGCAAG